CUCGCGCCGCUCUAAUAUCGCCUCGCGUUAAUGUACAAGUCGGAGGAGGCUUUCGCAAGAACCAGCCUUCCUCGUCUUUCGUGAAUUUAUCGUCUCACUUUCUCCUUAUUUCCUGUCCGUGUUGGGUAGUGCGACUCGUUCUUUCGCUAUAAGCAUUGUCUUAAAAUACCAUACACGUUCGACGAACGAUACCGGUGGCCUGGCUCGUGAGAACGAUUUUUCGAACAUCUUCACUGCCAACUCGAAUAUUAUGGAACUCGGUUCAUCCGAACCUGCCACGAACUAUUUGUAUAAUAGUAGUUUGCCGAUUCUUUCUAUCGGCAACGACAUUUCGUUUAAACGAAUUUCGCGUUCGGAUAAUUGUUUUUACCAAUGGAAUUCGAAUAGACGUAUGUAUAUCUACCAUAACUGUUCUCAACCAGAGCUCGCAUUUCGAUAAAUAGACUCGCUGGAUCAGUUCUUACAAUAAAUGAAAUUCCGUUUCGUGAAAUUCCGAAUGCGAUUCUACUAGGUACGAUCUCUUUCGACUACAGUUCACAUUCCGUUAAAUAAAUCCACUAGAUAAACCUUCGUCCGAAUUAACGGUGUCCGGACAAAUAGAAUUGUUACAGCAACGAUCGUGGUACACCUUGGUCACUUUAAAUCGAGUCACUUUCCCAACGAUCCGUUCGAACCCGGUUCUAUCCGAGACACUGAUUACCUCCUAUUUUUACUGUUGCGUUCGGUACGCGUUCCUUCGUAGCUGACACGGGAGUAUCCUUUCAAGGAAAUCACCUUCUCUGCAACCGUGUAUCGUAUGCACAGCGAGCACAGGUAGCCGCGUAACGCGACGCGCUGUCAAACGCGACUACGCGAUACACCCGCGUACCCGUGAACUCUAUAACAAAUCAUUCGCGUGGAACCCGUGUGAAUCGGUGACGAUUAUAUCGCCGCCGGACACGACCGACCGGCACCACGUGUCACCUGGCACACAAACACGAGCACACGCUCGGUCGGAUUUAACUUCAACUUGUAUUUCGUUCUCUCUGUAUCGUUGUGUCGUGUACGAACCGUUUACUUUACCGUGUUCUUUCGUCGUACGGUAAUUAUUAUCGGCCGAGAAGCGAAAUAUCGGUUGGAUCGAAGAUAGAAGAGAAGAUCGUUGCACUAGCAGCGGCGCGCGACACGUACAGCAACGAGGACGCUCGGUUAACGCGUCCGGUUUUCUCUGAGCUCGCGCGCGAGUCGGAACAACGACGACACAACUGGUACGGUGACGACAAGUGGCCGGACGACGAAGACUACGACGACGACGACGGUUGUUGCGAGGACGGUGCACGAUCAACGACUGCUGAAAAGGAGAGCGCGCACCGACUGGUUGGACCGAUAGGCAUUGGCAGAGCGCUGGGACUCUCGCGAGCUUAUUUUAAAACCGCUGUCCUUCCAACUCGGGCGACCGUCCUGCGGCACACGCUCGUAAACGACGCGCACGAGCGCCGAUAUCGUGUAAUCGGGCUUCUUGGCAGACCGUGGCAAGUGUCAACCGAGAACUGUCGCCGGUUUCCAUGGAAGAAACUUCCCGGCCGCUAGCUGGAACGUUUUCUCCUUUUACCGUGCUCGUGGCGAGUAAAGGAUGACGCGUUAUAACGGAGCCGGGGGGAGUUCAACCCUGAGGAACGAUCGAGUUUCGCGAAACAGGCUCGUUAGGUAGCGAAACGCGUGCUCACGACUGGCUUCCUUUUUCCUUUCUAUUUUAUUAACUUUAGAUGUUUGUUUUCCUCAUUCGUGUAGGAAAAAAAAAGGUUGUGUAUUUCGAUCGAUAAUUUAUGACGGGUUGGUAUCGUUGACAUUUCGUUUUUGCAAAAUACCACGUGUUAGGUGUUCCGAACGUUGCAUGUAUGUAGUUGCUAGAUCGAUACGUCCGAGUUAAACAAAAAAAUUGAUCGAUGUGAAAAAAUUGUUGACGAGACGAUCGAUCGAACGAUGAAAAUGAAAAUGAUACUUUGCUUCUGUGGCCGAGUGUACGAUUCUUCUCUAUAUGUAGUAACUUAAUUUUAGAAUUUGACGAUGAUUUCGUGUAUGAUGUUAUCCUAUUAUACAAUAGUCGCAAGUUUAUCGAAGUUUAAUAUCGAUUGUUCGAUAAUAAGAUAGAAUCAACGACGUGCUCAUUUCCGUUUUCAUUGGAAAUUUAUUUAGAGGAAUAAUGUAAUUCUAGACGAAAGUUAUACGAUGCUAGAUGAUCGUGUAUGUAAAGGACACAAAAAAUGUAAAAUUGCUGGCAAAUACAGAUUUCUGAAAAAUUGUAUGCGAAACUACGCAUCCGGCAUACGUAACGAACACGAUAUUCGUUAAACGAUACACGAUUGUUUAUUGAUCGUUCUAUAUCAAUUGUUUUGACCAACGCGGUAGUCGAUUGGAAAUAAAACUAACGACCUACAUCUACGUGUUGCACGAUAACGAGUCACUGGUCGAACCCUGUACCGAUUACUGUGUCAUCGGGUUUCUUGGCAGACCUCGGAUUCACGCGACGAAACGCGAUGAGUGUCAAGAUGACGAUGGCCGCGUGAUUCUACAAACUACGAGCGAUUUCGGAAUCGUUUACUUGCAACUAAAAGGCAAUGAACGAAAGCCACCAAACUUCUUCUAGAGAAACAAGAAAGUGAUUCAACUUUUUUUCGCGAAAAAUCACUCGUUUCGAUGAGAGAAGAGAAAUAAAAGAUUAUUUAACGUUAUUUCAAAUUUUCCGCAUGAAAAGAGUUUCUCCUUUCUUUACUAUUAUGAAAAGACACGAAACAUGGAUCGCUAUCAUUCGCAAACAUUUUCCUACGUCUUUUAUAUACUUGGAAUGUUCAUCGAUAUGCAUCGAAAAGAGUUUAUAGAUUAUGAAAUCGAUUCUUUUAUCGAAAUUGUAAAAUCUAUGUUUAUAUUUAGGAGGAACCUACGGAUAUAAGUCAAUCUGUUCGCAACAUGUUCGAUUAUUUCCUUUAAAUCUGCUAUCGAUGCAUCGAUAUCUAUACGAUCUAUCCGUCGCCUACUAUUACGAUAUUUCACCAGGCAAUUGUAUAACGUGUAUACGUGUAUAUGUAUGUAUAUGUCAUACGUAAAGCAUAUAUCAGACGACAAACGUUGGCCAAUCACAAUGGCACAAGCGAGUAACAAACAGCGAUAUCUACGUUUAUCCAUCGCGAUUAAGCUCAGCUGUCUAGCGAGCAACAUUAACGAGUGACUUUGAUUCGUCAUGGAAAUACUUGCGUUACACAUGGUGAUUGCAUUUAAACGUCCAUAUUUAGAAACAGUCUAAUUAUAAUGAGAAUAUAGAAAUAGCGUUCUAUAAUCGAGUUUGCCGUUUGCUACGCUGGCUACGCGUUAUCUCGCGUAAACUGGCAGCACGGUUAGGCGAGCUUUUUGGCAGACGUUAAGCGCGACGGAAGACGCGCGAAGCGUCAACCUGUCGGCGAAUGCUAGAGGGAUCGAAACGGAAAAUGUCACGACUGUAUAAAUAACGAAACACCUCGUGUGUCUAUACGCGUUGACGAAGAACGCACGAGCAAACCCGUUUUCCUUUCCCUUGCUUAUCCUUUAUUUUCCUUACUUUCCUGCGCGAAGGAACGCGAUGGAUUAUCGUCAAGCAUCAUCGCGCUAACUAGCAGGUUGUUAACGAGGAUUUUGGCAAGUCCGUUUGUAACGCGAUCCCGGUCGAUUUGUCGACAGACGCACGCCUAAUUAAAUUGAAAAAUUGUGCGACUUUGCGUAGAAUAUGCAGCGUUGCAGCCGUUAAUUAAGCGAGUUGCACAUUCUGUUUUCGGUAUUUAACUUGUUCCCUUUUGAAGCAACGAUGCUGCGUUUUUCUGACGAUAGUUUGUAGACGAAGAAUGGAACAACGAGAAAUCGGAUAAGUAAGUCGAAGAAUCGAUUAUGCAUUGGAAGGGAAUCUUUCGACGCCCCAGUAGUUCUCUAUUAAUCGAGUCUUGUGCUUUGAAACGUUUCUACAACGAUAUCUUCGUGGCUGGAAAGUGGGCACAGCGCGAAUAAUAAGGUAAUUUUGUCGUCUUAUUAUCGAGGAUCCGAACAAAACUUGAAACGAUAUCGAAAGAUGACGUUGAUCGAUGUAACGAGGCAAAUACCUUUCAUCUGACUGACUUUAGUCUCUCGAGUAUUACGACGAGUAACGAAAUUUAUAUGAUCCAGAAAUACAACCGUAAUAAUAAUAAUAAUAAUAAUAAUAAUUUAAUGUCCCAAGAAACAAGGAUUUGAGAAAGAGAUAAACUUUAGCAGACCCUAAUAUCGAUGAUAAUUUAAAACGUACGGAUUAAGCUCGGUUGUCUUUGGUUCGUGGCUCUUCAAAAUUCAUAGAAUCUAUCUAAAAUUAAAAACCCUAACCAACUGUUCAAGAUAAACGAUCGUCUCGUGGAAACGAGCCACGUUCGAAGAUCGAUCCUCCGUUUUCUCUAACCGGAAUCUUAUUUCACGUGACUUUGAUCAUUGUUGGAAUAAUCGCGACACGCCGGGACAAUAACCCUAGUUCCACGAGAACACGUUAUUCGUCGAACAAUGUUCGUUCACCGAAUAAUGGCCCAUUUGAAAGGAAGAGAUUUCGAAAGGGAGUUUGCAUACAGUCGCGCCUAUGCUUGAUCUUGGAUGUUCCUCGAAAUCCAAAAAUGCUACACCGGCAUCGAACUCGUAUUCCAGGGAUUUUGAACCGGCUUACAUCGGUGUCCUCACACCUACCGAGUAGUGUUUCCUCGAACAAAGAAACUGAAUCAGUUCGCUAGUCGCAAGAAACGCGACGAAAUUCGAAGAUAUUUUGUGAAACGGUGAACGUUCCAAACGAUCGUGCGAAAAGCGAGAAUCGUUCCUGAAAAUUAACUUGCUCGAUGAAGUUAGGAUUACUUGGAAGAAAAGCUCGGUGAUAUUACGGAAACUAAAAAUUCGAAAUAGAUUCCGAGAAGUAUGUUGUUGGUUAAGAAAAGAUAACCGAGUUAUAUCGCGCGUGUGUGUAUUAAAUAUCUAAAUUACCGCUAAAUAAAUUGAAAAGUUGAUAAACAAAUUGCAAAUACUUGUACUUGCUUCUUUAUAUAUAAUACGAUCGUAUUAUUUCGUCGUAUUUAUCUCAAGCGCGAUCUUGAUGAUCGUUCGUCAACACUUUCAUAAUGUUCUAGGAAUCAUUUCAGUUCGUUGUCCCAAUAAGGGCGGUACGUGCCAAGAAUAUCUAACACUACUUUCUACGGAGGCAGUUGUUCUGCCAUGUUAGUGGCAGGUCCUAGAAUAAUGUUGCCAUAAUGUAACCGAGACACCGGCCUUAAAAACCUGACUACCCUUUCUUACCGUUUUACUAUAUAAAGAUAUUUAGGAAGGAAACCGUGAUAAAAAGAAUAUGAAAUGUCCGUGUCCAGCGCACGGACAUAUUAUUCGUAACACGAUGUUUCGUUGUUGCGAAGAGAAAUGCACGUUGCGAGUCAUUAUUAGCGGGAAAAAUUGGAUCGAAGGGGAGAAGAGAGUUUGAAAGACUGACGUUUACGCGCAUGAAUCUCUGUACUGAAAACACGAAAGAAACACGGUUGAAAAACAGAAAUCACGACGAAUUAAUUUGACGGCACGAUCGCCCCUAACGAUACGAAGUAGUCACUUUACGUUCAGAGAAAAGGCCGCGGCUGAUCCUCGGUACUUUACGCGGAACGGAAAUUUUCACCAUCGGAUCACGUUCUCGAUUCUCUGGCGAGGCCCGGCGUCCCUCUAAAUCAAACGAUAUUAAACAAGCGUCGUGUUCAAACCCGACGACAAAUUCGAGAACAUCGGUGUAAACGUUUUACUGGGAGAAACAAACGGUAAUUCUUAUCCUAAAUAACGAUAAUAGCAGCGAUUCGUCUUGAUGAUCGGUACGAGGUGAAGAAGAGAGAGAAAUUGUGAAACACGAGAAAUUAAUAAUCCAAAGUUCGGAAAUUUCUUUCCUGCUCUAACUCGCUGUGUUAGUUGAUAUUUACAAAACCAUUGUAUAAAAUAUUUCUAAUCUAUCUUCCUAGUCCAAUAUUAUGGUUUUUUGCUUUUGUACCAUUUACGCUAAGAAUACAUCGUACGAUCUGCCCUUUCCUUUUCUCAUAAUCAACCUAAAACUCUCUCGUAUCUAUCGUUAAACGCUGCCGAUAGAAAAAGAGUAGCACGAACCAACUAACAAAUUAAAAAGAAACGAAGAAGCGAUCGUAAAAUCGCGAUAGAACCGUCCGAGUAAUCCGACCAAUCCAUAAACCAACAUGACUAACAAACGAUUCUCCAAGCUGACUAAUCAACAAAAUUUGCCCACUAAACGUUUACGAAAACAAAUUAGAGGAAUAAGCAAGAGGAAUAAAUCGCUUAACUCUCCAGCAGUGAUAAAACCAUCGAGGAAGAAGGACGCGUAACGACGUCGUUAAGAAGGCUGAAGAAAAAGGGCGGCCUUGGCGUGCACAAGCUUUGCCACUGUGGCCGUAAUUUCUCGCGCUUUGUACGAAAGGGGAAUCUGGCAGUCUGGUUCCGCGAACCUCCGUCGCGAAUUCCCUUCUCCGGUGAGUCCCCUUCGAACGCGGAUUAUUUUUGCCGGUGGCGGCAGUGUCGCGCGGACACGAUGCCGGUCGAAAGUCAAAACACGGGGGUCCACUCUAUAUCAAACGUUUAAUUGGCUGCUACGUCGCCGGACAGGAAUGUGAACGUCGGUAUAAAUUUAAUGAGACUCGCCUGACUCCUCCCGUUACCCCCGUUGUCCGCGUGUAAAACGCGAAUGAUUUUUAAUUUAACGUCGCACCCGCCCAAUUUGUCUCCCUGGAGCAACGUGUACGAGCAACGAAGUCUUCGAUCGAAGGGUGAAACGACACAACGAGAAAGUACAAGUUGCCUAAAAUAAAAUAAAAACGAAUAUGUAAAUCGGGGAAGACAGUCGAUCAGAAUUGUUUCCUCCUCGAACGCGAUUUUUUAUUUAACGCAACAGCCGCGCAAUCUGUCUUCGUAGAGCGCGAAAUCUUUGAUGAAAUCCGAAAUGAUAGGACAGGCGACCGAUGGUCAGCUGAAAAAUACCAGCUGCGAAAAGGUGAGUCGACAAGUUUGCGAGGAUCGUUUACCUCUUUGCGAUCGCUCGUGCUCUUUAGUAUUAUUCCUCUUCGAGUAUAUAAAAGAUAAUAUUUGGUGGUUGAAAGGAGGACAGAGGCACUGAUGCACUAAUGAAUGCUAAUGGGUUUGGAGCUAUUUUGAUGGAGUUGGUCUGCUUCCUGCUGCGGAGAGAUGAGUAGGCGACAGUCGACCGGACCACUAUCCGUCUUGUUUCUAUACGAUUUUAGUUUUCCAAUUGCACGGAUUUCUGGAAGAUGCGUCACGUCUGAUUAACGACGCCCUCGUACUUGGAAUACGGUCCUUCUCUAGCGUACCACGACCUCCCGUCGAUCCGCUCUGAAUCACCCCUUUCGCUCUCGAUAUAGAUACGAGAGGCAGUUAUGUAAGCGAACUAACCCUUUAUUUCGUCCGAAGGACGAAUCUGUUUAAUACGUUUACGGUAUUAACGAAAGAUCAGUGUCGGAGAAAUCUGUCGAUAGGUUAAUUUAUCGAAUAACGUACAUAGAGAGAGAAGAACGUACGAAAUAUUUAGUUUCAUAAUAGAUGUUCAUUUUGAUGAACAGGAGGAAAGAAUUCGUGGGAAGAAUGCGAAGAAAAGACACGAAACGCGGCGCUUCGGGGUUAAAAGCCCCGGAGAACAAGUAGAAAAUAAUACACGGAUUAAUUCGAAGCAAGCUGCAGCGGGUCUCUUUGUCAGCGAGUUCUUUCGAGUCGGACGGCGUUCUCCAUGCCAGUCCAUCGACUCUUUUUUCCCUUGUGCUUGAGUCACACCGUAGCACUCGGGAACGCGGCACUUCAAAAAGCGAAUAAACGAAAAGCGAGUAACUUAAUGUCAGUAACGCCACGUUUCUCCGCCACUUCGUGUUCUCCACGUGCGCUUUUGGUCAGAUCUUCGUUGUUGCCUGGUCGUCUUUAUCCGACAGCAAUAAUUCUUUCCACUAAGAAAUUUACGGUCCGGCUCUUGUCAACGAUUUUUAUCGGCCAUGUACGCGCCGGUGUCGUCGUACGCGCCCUGUUAUUUCUUUACUUUUCACACCCUUUUCCUUCGGUCUGUCUUUUCGAGCUUGCAAACCGCGAAAUUAAGCCACGGAACGAAGAGGCACAGUUUGCCGAUAAAUUAUCGUUGCUGGCGUCUGAAUUUCAUCUUUCUUUCGUAUUAUAAACUUCUACUUUUACUACUUGCUUGUAGUAUAAGGUUUUCGCAAGAAAGUUUUCGUUUUCCUGUUUGUAGGAAAAAUUCUUUGUCGUCCAGUGACAUCGUAUUUUAUGUCUGUAAUUACGUUUAUAAGUAAUUACGGAUAUCCGAUUAUCGCUACCUCUAAUCGCUAAAUUAAGGGAAAACACUCGACUACACGGACGAGGUUGUCAAAGAGGAAUAGAAUGUAAAAUCGAAAGGGCUCGUAGCGAUCAUUAAGGAAAGAAAAGAAGCUAGAAAAUCGAUAUGGACGUUGAAAGCGAUUACAUUUUCGGUGUAAAAUGUAAAUUUUCAGGUCUCUGUGGGGACGCUUAAACGAAUAUAAUUCGACUCGUCGACCUGAAUUACGCUUACGAACGUAACAAUUUGCAAUGGAAAGAGGACACCUUCUUACGAAAGAGGAAAUAAAGUCUGCUCCGUUAAAUACGCAUUCUUAAAUUCCUUCGAUCACUGAAUGUAGAUGAAUAUAAAUAAUACUCUUAAUAAUGAUAAUAAAUCUUAAAUCGUAAGAUCAUGAGACAAGAUCCUAGACGUUAAAACACGGGACCGAUAAGAGAUCGAUCGAGACCGAAACUUUUCGUAAAACUUGGAAUCGUGGCGUAAUCAGAGGAAAAGUAGGAAGUGUUUGGAACAAAAUCAGAAUCACGGGGUGGCAUUCGUAGGAUCAUGUUCAUCGUCGACCUCGAAGCGUAUCGCAUUGGCUAACUGUCGGUGUACGACGAACCGAAGAGUUAGUAUUCGUUCGUGGACGAACAACGACGUCACGGUUCUAUUCCUGGCCGCGUGGACGCAGCGAUAUCUUUAGAGCAACCAUCGGUAGUACAGUCCGUUUCCGAGCUUUCCUUCCUACGGGACCAACGGUUUUGCCAGAAAGAUGAACGAAGACGACAAGGAUGAUUCGUUUCGACCGAUUAUUUCGUCGUCUGGCCGUUCGAUAGCCUGUGACAUCGUCGUUUCGCUAAAUCGAAACGGGAGAUGCAUUGGUUACAUCAUCCGAAGAUCGAAAAUUUGUUAAAUUAACGUCGAAUAUUAUUUCUGAGGUGUUGUUCCGAUUUAACGUCUCCUCGGAACUUAUAGAAACAGAAACGUUAAAACGCUCGAUACAUUUGUAUAGGUGAAAAAUAACAUACGAGUCGCGAGAAAGAUGCGAACGAAUAGUUUUAUAUUAAUUCUUCGAAUUAAUUUAUAACGAGAGCAAUUUAUACGGAGGCUAGGAUCAAAGGAAAGCUUAAGGUAUCCCGAUGAGGCAAGUUGUAUGUCACUGUCUCACGGGCAGAAUGAGUCCCGUGAUUCGAACGGAAUCCAUUCGUUUGUCUGUCCCCGGGACGGAGAAGACAGCGCGGAUUCCGGAAGCAGAGUGACCGAACUUUCGAAUUGAUGUAUCUCUAAAUAAAGCGAGCACGACUUUGGUUGUACCGUCGAUUGAAGUCGGUAGCCUAUGUCUAGAGUCUACAUUGAACUAUCUGUUGGUCUUGGAGCCGAGCCAAUCGCGAUAGAAAAGGUAGGGGUGAGAAUAAGAUUAAUGCCACGCAGCCGUCUCUAAUGUACAAAAUAAUCGUAAUUAAAGAGGAAUUUCGUAAAAAGGAAAAUAUCGAUAUCAAGUAUCUGACGUCGGGACGAUAUAAGAGAGAAGAGACGUUAACGAGAAGAAAGAUUCUCGAAUAGAGUCGUCCGUAAGACGAAAGAACAUGGAAGAAUAUCUUUUUCCUUUUUUUUCUUUUUUCGAUGUGAUUCAGUCAGACUGAAAUAUUGACCUGGAAAAUGGAUAACUUCUAUUGAAAGUGGCACUACGCCAAACACAAUAAUCUUAAACGAACGGUGCCAUGUUGUGUGGCAUCUUUGUUUGCGAUUGCACGUAAACGCGUGAACAGUAUCGUAGUCUACGACUAUUUAUUGGGCAAAGUUUAUUUGCACAGCGGACGUUGCAACUUAAAAUCGCACGCGCCGACACCGUUCUCCAGACGGGAGUUGUACGACCGCUGUGGCCGUUUGUUUGAACUGGCAAAAUUAGUGAACUUUCGGGUCGCUAACUGUUACGACGUUCGGCAACGAUGAAAACGUCUGAAUGUCGCCAAUGGUUCCCCUUCACUGGCAGAACUUUGCCGCUUAACCCAUCGAAUUCUGUCAACUUUGUCCGUAAAUUUUCCGCCGAUCGACAUCGACCAAAACAUGUACCAUAAAACUACGAUGAUUAAGAUAAAACCAUUAGUCAACGAAACACACACGCAGAUACAAAUGACGGACUAACGUUUAAUCAUUCGGCGUUUCGAUAAUCUCUGAAAGAAAUUCUAGUAAGCGAAUAUACACAAGAUAUGGGGGUUAAUCAUAGACGACUGGUGACCGAACGAAGAUCAAUUUCCAUUUGAGUUUACCUUCGAAAUUCGAACUAGUAAAGCAACGGAUGAUACUUUUUACGGGAUGGCCUGGUACAAAAAGAUUCGACGCGAAAUUUAAUUAUAACACGCGUGACUCACAAAGUAUAUAACCUUUCAUCGAAAUUAGACCGAUAUGAAAAAUGUGAGAUAUAAAAAGUCUAUAAUAAACGAUCGAUUCGAAAAUAAAAUCACCGCUGGAAAAUAAGAGGUGAACGCGCUAUGGCCCAAUAUCUUACGACGUAUAAAAAGGAUUACACGUGGCCUUCGACCAGGUACAAACGUAAGGUAACUUCGCUGAGCGAAUAUGCUUCUUGCAAAUGCCAUGAUCGUCCGCGAGAGAUAAAGCCCCUUGUACGUUGCGGGGACGAUUACGACUGGAGUCGCACGGGUCCCAUGGGGCGGCUUCUGGACCCAAAGCUUUAUCCUGCAAAAACGGGACCGCAUCCGGAAACCGAAGCCACGAGAUUCGAUCAACCAGCCACCUACAUGAGAAAGUUGGAAGAGAAACAUCCUAAUCUCUAUGGAGUUCUACGGAGUACUCCUAUCGACGAAGUAAUUAAACGCGUUGACGAAGAUCGACUGAAGACAACGUACCAGUUGGAUUAUUCCGACAAAGCCGCGCCAAUGGAGGAUAUCUCUAUGGGGGCUCCCUGUGAUAUCAGGCAAGAAGAAGCAAAGGACAUAGACUGUCGACCCUCCGCUCGAGCUAAGCUAUUGAAAGUAUCUGGUCGAGAUGACGGAGACAAAAUAGGAAAGAGGCGGUCGAAGAAAGUGGCCGGGGCUGAAGACGAAUUGCAGGAAACGCGAUUACUUCCAUGGCGAUCGGAAUACCAAGAUACUAUCAAUAAACUAGGUCAAUCGAUUCUAAAAUAUAAAAUUCAUCAAAAACACGAUAGCGCACCAGCUUGGGCGGCAGCUGCCUUCUAGAAAUUAAUUGUAUCGCUGUGUUCAAUAAACGAUAUUCCAUCCGGAUCCAGUUCUCAAAUACGUUUAACGUGAUCGCCAGAAAAUACUUGCGGAAAAGAAUUUAUUUCCAUUUUUUCACUGCUACUAUCGC